GACAGUUGGAGUACUUUUAUUAUGUAAGUGCCUCUGACGGAAGCUAUUAAACGCGUCAGCAGUGGAGCUUGACUUCCUACCGUGUCUCAACGCCGAGAGAAGGCCAUGGCUCGAGGGCAGCAGAAGAUCCAGUCUCAACAGAAGAACGCAAAGAAAGCAGCAGAGAAGAAGAAAGGCCAAGGUGCGGAUCAGAAGACUGCAGCCAAAGCAGCACUGGUCCACACAUGUCCUGUCUGCAGGACACAGAUGCCAGAUCCCAAGACAUUUAAACAGCAUUUUGAAAGCAAGCACCCAAAGUCUCCUAUGCCUCCUGAGCUGGCAGAUGUUCAAGCUUAAAAGACACAAGAAACUGACAUGAACCUAACACCGGGACCCUGGGGAAAGAAACAACAUGAUUUGAUCCUGCCGACUAACUCGACUUGCUGUACCAUGGACCAUGUGGUCAGAGAACUUGGAAUGUACUGAAGCACACCAGCACACUUUUUUUCUUUUUUAAUUUUAUGUCCAUAUUGCUUCCAUCUCUUCAGAGUGUGCUGUGACCCAACAGUUUCAUUGCCACGUGCUGUAACUUGUCAUAUUUAUUCACCACUUUUUCCAAUGCCUUUGUGGCACUUGGACCCUGUCUGACGAGUAUGAUUUUAAAAUAUCAUUAGGUGCUUCAAUCCAUAAUGUAUGUGCCCUGAUAUUUUAACUGUGAACCAAAUUGGAGAGGUGCACCACUGUGUGUAUUAAUACUAUUGACCAGGAUUUAGAUUGAGAUGCAUUUAUUGACAUGCUUAAAAUGAUCACAAAUGCGGUAAAUUUGCACCUGUUCAAAUAUUCUGAAUGAGUCGGGACCCACGAACACUCUUUUGUUACUUUGUUUUCUAAAGUUUUCAAUAAAUGGAUAUGCAUAUAGUA